UCUUGCCCGGUGCAAGCGUGGCCUGUCCACCAGGCUGUGAGCCCGCGCAGGAGGGAUCUUGUUUUCCUCUCCCCGGAGCGCUGCCGCCUUUCCAGCCGCGUUCCGGGAAGGCACAUAGGUUCCAGAGGAGUGGCAUUUCCAGGGUCCUUGGCAACGGUUGUUGCGUGACCCGCGAGCCUUUGUACAGUGAGCUCUAGGCAACAGGGGAGAAGGAGGGAGGCGCGGGGCCCGGACUGAGCGGGCCUGGGACGCGGACUGCCCGAUCGUUUCGGAGGCGCGGGGUCUGGGCCACUGGGCCGAACCCCGAGUUCUCAGCGUGAGACAGUGGGACAGCGGCGACGCGGACAGGGAAGCUGGGUGAGGAGGCUCGCCACACUCGCUGGCCCUGUGCGGGCGGCAGCAAGGACCCGGCAGGGACUCCGGGCGACCAAGGCGAUGGCCCCCUCCCCGGCAGGGCAGGUGAUCGCCAGGCUGGCAGCGGGGCGGAGCCCGCUGGAGCCACCCUCGCAGGCACCACAACCGCUGCGCAGGUUACUUCCAAGGGUUGCUACCUGGCUACUGCUGCCCCAAUGAAGUAUAUCCUGGUCACUGGUGGGGUCAUCUCCGGCAUUGGCAAAGGGAUCAUCGCCAGCAGCAUCGGGACCAUCCUGAAAUCAUGCGGACUCCGAGUUACGGCCAUCAAAAUUGACCCCUAUAUUAACAUUGAUGCGGGGACCUUUUCGCCCUAUGAGCACGGUGAAGUGUUUGUCUUAAAUGAUGGUGGAGAAGUUGACCUGGAUCUUGGAAAUUAUGAAAGGUUCUUGGAUAUUAAUCUCUACAAGGACAAUAAUAUCACCACCGGGAAGAUCUAUCAUCAUGUGAUUAAGAAGGAGCGGCGCGGAGACUACCUGGGGAAGACAGUGCAAGUUGUCCCCCACAUCACCGAUGCCAUCCAAGAAUGGGUUAUGAAUCAGUCUAAGGUACCAGUGGAUGGGAACAUGGAAGAGCCCCAGAUCUGUGUCAUAGAGCUGGGCGGCACCAUCGGAGACAUUGAGGGGAUGCCGUUCGUGGAAGCCUUCAGACAGUUCCAGUUCAAGGCAAAGAGAGAGAAUUUCUACAACAUUCAUGUCAGCCUGGUCCCGCAGCCCAGCGCCACCAAGGAACAGAAAACCAAGCCCACGCAGAACAGUGUCCGUGCGCUGAGGGGCCUGGGGCUGUCCCCAGAUCUGAUUGUCUGCCGGAGUUCCACGCCCAUUGAGAUGGCUGUGAAGGAGAAGAUUUCCAUGUUUUGUCAUGUGAACCCUGAACAGGUCAUGUGUAUCCACGACGUAUCUUCCACCUACCGCGUGCCCGUGCUCCUGGAACAGCAGGGCAUCGUGAAGCACUUGAAGGAGCGGCUGGACCUGCCCGUGAGCAACGACUCGAGCAGCCUGCUGCUGAAGUGGGGUAACAUGGCUGACAGGUAUGAAAGGCUGCAGAAGAUCUGCUCCAUUGCCCUAGUCGGGAAAUACACCAAGCUCCGGGACUGCUACGCGUCUGUGUUCAAAGCUCUGGAGCACUCGGCCCUGGCCAUCAACCACAAACUCAACCUCAUGUACAUAGACUCCAUCGACCUGGAGCAGGACACCAAGGUCCAGGACCCGGUGAAGUUCAAUGAAGCUUGGCAGAAGCUAUGCAUGGCUGAUGGUGUUCUUGUGCCUGGAGGCUUUGGACUCAGAGGAACGCUGGGAAAAAUCCAGGCGAUUUCUUGGGCAAGGACAAGAAAGAUUCCUUUUCUGGGAGUCUGCCUUGGGAUGCAGCUGGCGGUGAUAGAGUUCGCAAGGAACUGCCUGGACAUGAAAGAUGCCAAUUCCACGGAGUUUGAGCCCGGCACCCCAGUCCCUUUGGUGAUUGAUAUGCCAGAACACAACCCUGGUGAUCUCGGUGGAACCAUGAGGCUGGGACUAAGAAGGACCAUCUUCAAAACCCAAAAUUCCAUACUGAGGAAACUGUACGGCGAUGUCCCGUUCAUUGAGGAGAGACACAGACAUCGCUAUGAGGUGAACCCUAAGCUGAUCAGCCACUUUGAGCAGAAAGACCUAGCUUUUGUAGGUCAGGAUGUCGAUGGGGAUAGAAUGGAAAUCAUUGAACUGGCAAAUCAUCCCUAUUUCGUUGGUGUGCAGUUCCACCCUGAGUUUUCUUCCAGGCCAAUGAAGCCUUCACCUCCCUAUCUAGGGCUUCUGCUCGCAGCAACAGGGAAUUUGUGUGCAUACCUGCAGCAGAUGGGCCCGCUGUUCCCCGGCUAUGGAUACAGUGACUCGAGCGAUGACAGCUUUGCAGAGUCCAAGAUAGCUGAGCUGGAGAUCAGAUGAUGCACAGCUUGGAAUGAGGGACUGUUGGCCUGGUGAACCAAAGGAAUCAUUUGAAGAGGUUGGCACAUACCCAGGGUCAUUCUGUUCACCACACCAGAUGCAGAAAACUCUGUGGAUGCUUACUUCUGGGAACCAGAAGCCAGGGGUCCCCCACCCCCACCGCAGGUGGCCUUGGGAGUCAGAUUUCUAUAGUUGAUUAAACUUUCUGCAAUGA